UUUAAUAGAUAUGCAGAACUAGUUUCAUAUAUUCCUGAAUAUCAUAUAUAUGAUUGAUUAAAUUUAUGUUAGUUAUUAUAUACUAGAAAUAUUUGAAUCAUGAAUUCUAGUUUGCUAGUAAACGGGAAACAGGGAGAAAACUGCUAGACUAUGCCAUCCCACAUUGGAAACCGGUACGCGAGGGAUGCCGUUAGGGGAGUACACAAGGUUGAGGCGCUGAUAAGCAGUAAUUAUCCGCUAAAGUACGAUGCUAGUAGUGACCGGAAAACAUGAUAAUGGUACUCUACUUUAUAAUAAACUAAUAUGAAUUUAAUUGAAUUAUGAUAUGAUAGGAAGGAAUAAUUGAAAACAAACCUUCAUAAAUAAAUAAACAUGAUUACAAUAUAUGAUGAAAUAAGAAGCUAUAAAACUUUGAUUUUAUAUAUACUUAAAGAUAUAGAAAUUGAUGACAUAAAAAGAGUUAUAUGGGAAAAAAUAUUUUAGUAUGAUUUAGAAGAUAUAUUAAAUCAAAAGUGGUAUGAAAUAGAUUUACAAGAAUUAGACAUAGAAAGAAUAAAUAUAUAUGAUUUAAAACUAGAGUCAGAUUAAAAUGAACUAUGAAUAUCUAAAAUAUUGGAUAGAAACCAUGGACAAAAUAAGGUUAUUAAAUUACUUAAUACAAAAGAAUUUAUAUAUGUAUCAAAGAACCCAAGAUAUUUCAUAUAUAGAAUAUAUAAUAAACUAUCUUGAAGAAAUAAUUAGAUUAAAACAAUUAUCAGAGGAAAUUUAUAAUAAAAUAUAUUUUACUCUACAAUAUAUAUAUAUAAAUUUACGAUGAACGUAUGAUGAAUUCCGCACCCCCCAAAAUAUGGAAUAUAUAUUAAUAGGAGUAAAUGAUUUUGAGGUACAAUGUUUGUAUCACAAAAGCACAAUAUAAUGCUGGUAUGAUAACCAUUGUUUCCUCCAUCAACAUGGCAACAGUUCAACUCACACUAAUGCAUACUAAGUAACUAGUUUACCAACUCAUUGGACUCAAAUUCUUCAUGUUAUAUAUUAUUAUUAUGUUUUGAUUUGAUGCUAAUCAAGGGGGAUUUCAGACAAACUCAAUUUUGAUGAAUUUGCUGAUCGAAGUCCCCCAAAUGAACGGCAUCUCACCGGGGGAAUGGAUAUUUGUUGUUAAUGCGUGGUGUAUGAUUAUAGGGGUCUGGUCACGUUAUUCUCUCUAUCUUCUCUUGUAUGCACAUUUUAGACUUACUAGGUUAUAGUUAGCUUUGUUUACUUGGGUACGGUACUCCCUUUUAGAUUGUGGCAGAUGAAUUGCUUUACUCUCUCUACUCGUGCUCAAUUGAGGAUUCUCGUAAAGACUUGAAUGUGUUGAGGUUGAACCUUAUUCAAAUCAUCUUUAACUCCGACUUUUAAAAUUUUGCCAUAGCUGGUAGUUUUAGUAGUUUAGUAUUAAAUAUAUUUUUCAAGAGUUGACUUUUGGAUCAAAGCAUGGUUGAAAAAUAACCCACUUAUUUUAUGUUAAAUCUUAGUGGGAGACCCGUAUAGAGUGGAAACUAUUCUACUUUAAUUCUUAAAUCCAUUAUAAUAAUAAUAAUGAAAGAUUGAUAGGGCAAGAAAGUCCCACAUGGCUCACUAGAAUUUAAGGCAAAACCUUUAGUUAUGGCCUAUCAACCAUCAAAAAGCCACAACCAAAAGAAUAGGAAGAAUGACAAAGUCAAAUUCUUAUAGAAUAAAUCAAAUAGUAACAAAGAGAGAAGAAAUCAACACUUGAAAUUGAAAUCGUCGAAAAAUGAGUGUAGUUGUUGUUGAUGGUCCCAUGAUGGAAGAAUUCGUUGAUGACGCUGAGGCGUUUGGCAAGUGGACGGACAAACAUUUUGAUAUGCUAGACACAGAUGGAAACGGGGAAUUGUCUCGAGAUGAGCUCCAAAACAGGAAAGGUAAAUUCUCAUCGUCUGAAUUUGAGUUGCAAAGCAAGGAAGAAAUUUCAAGUUUGUAUGACAUUCUUAUUGAAAGAUUUGAUAUUGACAGAAGUGGAACUAUUGAUAGACAAGAAUUCAAGGCUCUUACAAAAGAAAUCAUGUUGGCUAAGGCUAGAGGGAUUGGAAAUUCCCCUGUUUUAGUCAUUCUUCAAGGGGAUAGCCUUGUUAUGAGGGUUGUUCAACGUUUUUCAGCAAAAAAAUAACUCAUAUUUAUUUAUCUUCCUUAUUCAUUUCUCAUUACUUGUUACUCUUUCUAUUAUAGUUUGUGUGUCUUAGUUUAAUGGAACAUGAAGUUUAAUAAUGUUUUUUUUAAAAAAAUCUAUACUCUUUUUGUUUCUUUUUGUUUUUCUGAAUUUCACUCGAUUUGGUGUUUAAAAAAAUAAAAAAGAAUACUGAAUUUUAUGGUCUUAAACUAAUGAGAUGUGGAAUAUGCCAAAAUGAUCUUAAAUGUGUUAGGAUAUACUAUUAACCAUACAUUUUGAUAUCGUAUUAUUUAUUGAACAAUUAUUUAUUAUUUAUAAAAUUCAAUAAAGUGUUGCAUUAAGUAGAUCAAUUUGUCAUAUAUAGUACAUGAUUUAGUGUAUAGAAUUUAGUCCUAUACACAAAAGACUAAAUCAUCGGUUCUUAUAAGUCAAAAAUUCACAAUCAUAGAUGUAAGUUUGGACAAACCGUCAAAAUGAUUGUAGCAUGACAUUAAAUGUAUUUAUCUUGAUUAUGAGAAUGAUAUAUUUCUAACUUUUCGCGCUAUUGCAUUUCGUAUAUAUUGAUUAAACUGACUAAUAGACACAUAUU